AUGCCCGGCUUUGCUCUUCUCGUAGCCUUCCUUGCAGCUGCAGAGAGCAGCGAGGUGCAGAUCGAUCCGCGGCGUGCCGAACUGAGCUGCGAAGCGCUGUUACGGCACGCCUUCCCCGACCUGUGUGACCUGGAAGUCGUCCCUGGUACCAUCCAGGUCCGAGGACUGACCCUGGCCUACUGGCGUUAUACGCGUCGCGGGGACACAGCAGCUGGCGGCCUGCCUCUUCUGAUGGCACACGGAGGACCAGCCUUCGGCCACAACUACAUGCUGCCACUGAAGCAGCAGGCCUGCCGCGGAAGAGAGGUUGUCUUCUACGACCAGGUUGGUGCAGGUGCCUCCUCGCAGCCCGACCUGAAAAAAGCGCCAUGGCUACUUACCGUGGACUACUACGUGGAGGAGCUUGGCGCCCUGGUCGAUUUCCUAGGCUGGAAGCAGUUCCAUCUCCUGGGUAGCUCGUGGGGCACGAUCUUGAGCCAGGCCUAUACCUUUACGAAGGAUCCGCGUCUGCGCGCGGUGAUCCUCUCCGGGCCCCUCAGCGAUGGGGACCUCUACUGGAAGUCCCAGUGGGACGCAACUCAAGGUAACCUGGGCUCCUUACCCUUCUUCGUUCAGGAGGCCUUGUGGAAGCUGCAGACGACAAAGGCCUUUGAUUCCCGUCUCUAUGCCGCGGAGGAUCAGAUCCUUACGUCCUUCUUCACCACUCGGACUAUUCCGAUCCCUGACUGUUUCAAUGCUGCGAAGCCCACGUCCAACACCAGCAUGGAGAUCUACGUGGGAAUGCAGGGUGCCAGCGAGUUUGUCUUCUCUGGCGUUCUGGGCCAUUUCAACUACACCCCACGCCUGCCGGAGAUUGCGAACCCGGUGCUAUUAACUUUCGGGCGCUACGACACCAUGCGGCCCCCGGUCAUCGAUGCGAUGUACCGGAACCUGCCGCGCGUCUGGAAGGCGAUGAUGCCCCGAUCUGGGCACUGCUCCAUGAUUGACGACCCGCGGCUGAUGAAUGACGUGGUUGGCGAAUUCUUAGCCCGCGAGGAAGCAGGCUCUUUGGCCGGCUUCCAUCCGGAGGAAGCCGUCGAUGCUUCCGCCGUGGAGACUGCAGGACCCCUUCGAGCUAGCGUUGACAGCGCUACCGGCACGGCAGCUAUCACAACGGCCGUGAUGGCAGUGGCGGUCCCGGCAUUUUUGGCUGGCUUUGUUUGUCACUGGCGGCUCUUUCCCAGACGCCCAGUUGCGCAAUCAUUCCCACCGCUGCUGUGA